UUCAUAAUGUCUUGAUACCAAGCCAGAGAAGGUCCUCUCACUUACCAUGGCUACUAUCGAUAAAAACACCUCCAUCGCUCCGAUGAUCACCGCAUUCACAUCCGGGAACCAACUCUCCGUCGAAAACUGGCUCGUUCCCGCCAUCUUCUUUUUAAUCACCCUCAUCGGGGUCGUGGGCAACUUCCUCGUCAUCUACGUCAUCGUACGUCAUGGAAAGAUGAAGACGGUGACGAAUUACUACAUCGUCAAUCUCGCGAUCACCGAUGUAUCUUUUUUGCUCUGCUGUGCACCGUUCACGGCCAUUGUGUACGCUAUCCCGACGUGGGUGUUUGGAAGGUUUAUGUGCAAAUUCGUGUUCUUCAUGAUGCAGGUCACUGCCCAAGCAACUUGCCUGACAUUGACUGCAAUGAGUGUUGAUCGAUACCGAGCGAUAGUGCGUCCCUUGCAAUCGUUGAAGACCAGAACAACUCGAGCUGCUGUAAUCAUCAACGUCUGUAUAUGGGCAGGUUCCGUGUGUGCAGCCGUGCCUACCGCAAUCUAUUUUGACGUCACAAAGUUUGGUGACACCCUUGUUUGUAUCGAAAUGUGGCCCCGCCCCGAGAUCUUCUACCCCGGCUACGCCAUCUACGGCAUGGUCGCUCUCUACGUCGUGCCUCUCAUCAUCAUAUGCGUCUGCUACAGCAUCAUGCUGAGGAAACUAUGGCAACGCGUCUCACCUGGCGAGCAGACUAACAACGCUCAGGCGGUGAUGGCGCUGCAGCAGAAACGCAAGAUAACCCGGAUGAUCAUGGUGGUCGUGUUACUCUUCGCGCUCUGCUGGCUACCCCUGUACAUUUUCACCACGUGGUUUCGAUUAGACCGGACAUUCCCGAAGAACAAUGCAACGUAUUUCUUCAAGGUGUUCGCCCAUACGCUGUCCUACGCCAAUUCCUGCGUGAAUCCCUUUGUCUACGCUUUCAUGGGAGAGAACUUCCGGCGGUAUUUCAAGAAGGCGUUCCCGCUCUGCUUCAAGAAGCAGGAAGGGAGCGGAAACACAACGCGAGCUGAGCCGGUUCCAACGGUGCAGCAAAGAGUUGCAGAUGGGGAAAGGACUCAAAAUACUAGAUCUGUUAUAGUAAGAUAACAGUUCAACAUCAGGCCGUGAAGACUGCAUGUAGGCCCUAUUUAUGAUCAAGAAAUUCUCUUAAUAUGUCAUGGGCAUUUUGACCGAUAUUUUAAAACUAGUGGUCAAGAUGUUGACAAUACCAUGCAUCCUCAGAAAAGUAGUUCUUUGUGCACGCGAAAAGUCUAUAAGCCAUUGCUGCUUUUUUUUGCGCGUGAUAAAGCCUAAUUCUAAAUGCACUGAAAUGCGAUAAAUUCUCACAACUGAUUUUACAUGUGCAAUCUUUGGUUAAAAACCCUGUGAUCACUAAAACUUGUUGUGCCCAUUUAAUUUGUAAAGUGGUCAUUUAUCAUAUUUGUCUUAUAGAUACACAAAUGUAUAAAUGGACGUAUUCAAAUUCUUGAGAUUGCUUUCGUCCAUUCAUUUUCGUUGUUAACUUCAUAAUCUUAAAUGCACGGUACCAAUUUGCUUUUUUCUUUGAUGUAUUACAAUCUACGACAUGACUUUGAGAAAUAUUUUUGUCUGAUAAUUGUUAUUAUAUUCAAAUAACUUCAUGAAUUCUCCAAAAUUGACUGGUCGAUAAGACGAGCAAUUUAAAAAGAAAUUAGUCAUUGAGGUAUAUCGCCAUGUUCUCUAGGCGGCAUAAUACAAAG